CAAAAACACGGAAGCUCCUUACAUGCAGAAGGUCCUAAACAGACACCACCCCGCUGGUAACUCGUCUCAAAACGCGUUUAAAGAAGUCGUAACCACUUUACACUUAAUAAAGUGUAAUACUUUACUGUAUUUCGGCAGUGACAGCUUGUGAGCGAUGGUGGCUGCCGCGUCGUUUAUGCUUCUGUAGCUGAGCUGCCGCCGCCGCACGGAAACACUGAAAACAAAGUGUUAGCAAGCUAACUAGCAGCCAAGGAAGAUGCCUGCUCGUAAUGUUGUGUCCCAGGGGAUCCCUAACAGCAAAGUUAGGUACUCCAGGUUAGCCACAGACGAUGACGGCUACAUUGACUUACAGUUCAAAAGGAGCCCACCCAAAGUCCCAUACAAAGCCAUCGCUCUAGCCACUGUCCUCUUUUUAAUCGGAUCUCUGUUGAUCAUCAUUGGCGCCCUUCUCCUGGCAGGUUACUUCGGAGUCACUCACUCAGACCGAACUGUGCCCGUCCUUAUCAUUGGGAUCCUCGUCUUCCUGCCUGGUAUCUACCACCUACGGAUAGCUUACUAUGCAUCAAAGGGCUACCCAGGAUACUCCUAUGAUGAUAUCCCAGACUUUGAUGACUGACGCCCAGCACAGCGUCAGCCUCAGUCCUGCUGUGAUUACAUGAAUUCAUACACUGUGUUGCUUGUGCUGAAGUUAAGGUAGCGAUACCUUUAAAGAAAAUGAUGUGUCAUCAUUCUUCUUAAUUAUAGUGUUCCCUGGGAGAUUUUAUCCCUCGGUAAUAAUUCCAAGCUGCUGUUAUGAAACCAGAUCAGUAUAUUGUUUGAUUUUUACAUUUGUUUUGCUAGCUUGAUUAAAUGAAUAAAAGUGCAUUUCCUUUUAUUUAUUUGUAUUUUGCCAUUUUUAUCAUUUAGAUCAUCUAUACUCACAACGAGAUGGGAUGUAACAAAUAAAACUGUAUAUAUCUAUAAAAAUAUAAAACCU